AUUGAUUGAAUUUCCGCGCGGGAUUCGGGGUGGUCCCCAAAUUUCCUGAGGGGAUUCAUUCCCCUGGUGGAAUCUGGGCUGUUUUCCCUUAUGGGAUUCAUUCAGGAUGAUUCCCAAAUUUUCUUAUGGGAUUCAUUCCCCUGGUGGGGUUUGGGAUGAUUCCCAAAUUCCCCUGCUGGGGUUUGGGAUGAUUCCCAAGUUUCUCUCAUGAGAUUCAUUUCCCCGAUGGGAUUUGGGCUGUUUUUCCUCAUGGGAUUCGUUUCCUUGGGAUUCAUUCCCCUGGUGGGGUUUGGGAUGAUUCCCGAAUUUCCCUGGAGGGAUUUGGGAUGGUUCCCAAAUUUCGGGGGCUCUGCUUCACCACGAGUGGGAAACACACGGAGGGAUCACACCGGGCUUCCCUGCCUUAACAUCCCCAUUUAUUUUUCCGGGAAAAUGGGAUUUCUCCAGAAAAACGGGAUCUCCCUGGCCGGGAUCCGGCUCCUCCCCGGCCGGCUCAGCCCCGCUCUGAUUCGCGCUCGGGGCUGUUGAUCCUCAGCUCAGCUCUGCCCUAAAUUCCGAUGGAAGGGAGGGAACAGCCGCACAAAAUCCCUGGGAAAACGAGGAUAUUUCAGGCUGGGAACGGGGAGAUUUGGGGCUGGGAAUGGGAAGAUAUCAGGGUGGAAACAGGAAGAUUUCACCCUGGGAAAAGGAAGAUUUUGGGCUGGAACUGGGGAGAUUUUGGUUCUCUGGGCACACCUGCUUUGAAGUUGGGCUCUGCCAGCUUUGGGGGGCUGCUCCUCCAGCCGAGGCUGUGCUGGAAUUCAGGAAAUGAGGGAAAUCCAGGAAUUCUCCCGGGGGCUUCCCUUGGGAACCAACCCAAGCCCAAACCCCGGGGAGAAGCUCGAGGGACAGCAUGGCUGCCACUGCUGCCGUCAGCCCCAGACUCCCAGCCCUCUCCCCUGGCCCUGCUGGCAGCCACAUGCAGCAAGAUCGGUCCCCCCGCCGUGGAAGCCGCCGCCGCGCCGCCGGCGCCUCCCCAGCCCACCCCUCGCAAGCUGGUGCCCAUCAAACCCGCCCCGCUGCCCCUGGGCUCGGCCAAGAGCAGCAUCGGCAUCCUGUCCUCCAAGGGGAACCUCUUCCAGAUCCAGGGCUCCCAGGUGGGCACCUCCUACCCCGGGGGACAGCUGGUUUUCGCCAUCCAGAACGCGGCCGUGCUCAACAAAGGCUCGCGCUCCUCUUCCUCCUCCUCCUCCUCCUCGUCCUCCUCCUCCUCCAACAUCCAGUACCAGGCGGUGCAGCCCGCCGGGGCUCAGACCAUCCAGGUGCAGCCUAACCAGAUCCAGAUCAUCCCAGGCACCAACCAGGCCAUCCUCACGCCCUCCUCUUCCUCGCACAAGCCCGUGCCCAUCAAGCCAGCCCCGGCGCAGAAGGCGGCGGGAGCGGGCGGCGUGGUCAAACUGCCCGGGGGUGCCAACGUCACCCUGACGCUGCCACCCGCCCUGGUGAGCCCCGAGGCGGGCGGGCAGGCCCAGCUGCUCACGGACAGCCCUUCCAAAGGCGGCAAAAAGCCCCGGAAAAAGGCCGGGUCCCCCGGGCAGCCCGCCGCCGUGGCCGUGGCCGAGCAGGUGGAGACGGUGCUGAUCGAGACCACGGCCGAGAACAUCAUCCAGGCCGGCAGCAACCUGCUGAUCGUGCAGAGCCCCGGCUCGGGGCAGCCCGCCGUGGUGCAGCAGGUGCAGGUGGUGCAGCCCAAGCAGGAGUCGCAGGUGGUGCAGAUCCCGCAGCAGGCGCUGCGCGUGGUGCAGGCGGCCUCGGCCACGCUGCCCACCGUGCCCCAGAAACCCUCCCAGAACUUCCAGAUCCAGGCGGCCGAGCCCACCCCCACCCAGGUGUACUUCAAGACCCCCUCCGGCGAGCUGCAGACCGUGCUGCUGCAGGAGGCCUCGUCCAUCCCGGUGCCGUCCUGCGGCAGCCCCGGCACCCCCGGUACCGCCCCCGGCACCGCCCCCGGCACCGGCCCCGCCCGCCGGCCGGCCCCGCGCAAGGAGCGGCCGCUGCCCAAGAUCGCCCCGGCCGGCGGCAUCCUGAGCCUGAGCGCGGCACAGCUGGCAGCAGCUGCCCAGGCCAUGCAGACCAUCAACAUCAACGGCGUGCAGGUGCAGGGCGUGCCCGUCACCAUCACCAACAGCGCAGGCCAGCAGCAGCUGACGGUGCAGAACGUGUCCGGCAACAACGUGACCAUCAGCGGGCUGAGCCCCACCCAGAUCCAGCUGCAGAUGGAGCAGGCGCUCUCGGGGGACAUCCAGCCGGGCGAGAAGAGGAGGAGGAUGGCCUGCACCUGCCCCAACUGCAAGGACGGCGACAAGCGGCCGGGCGAUCCCGGGAAGAAGAAGCACAUCUGCCACAUCCCCGAGUGCGGGCGGACGUUCCGCAAGACGUCGCUGCUGCGGGCGCACGUGCGGCUGCACACGGGCGAGCGCCCCUUCGUCUGCAACUGGGUGUUCUGCGGCAAGCGCUUCACGCGCUCCGACGAGCUGCAGCGGCACGCGCGCACCCACACAGGUGACAAACGCUUCGAGUGCGCGCAGUGCCAGAAGCGCUUCAUGCGCUCCGACCACCUGACCAAGCACUACAAGACCCACCUGGUCACCAAGAACUUGUAGGGCGGGGACAGCCCCGGCCCCACCCCACAGCACUCCGGGAGGGACCUCGGGGACAGCCCCGCCCUCCCCGCCGCGCCCAGCACCCCAGAAACGGGGCUGGGGGCGGCCCUGGGACCCCCCGGGCUCAGGGGUGACUGUGACCCCCCCCAGACCCUCCCCUGGGACCCCCCGGGCUCAGGGGGUCACCCAGAGCCCCCCCAGAGCCCCCCCUGGGACCCCAGAGGCUCAGGGGGUCACCCAGAGCCCCCCCCGGGACCCCCCGGGCUCAGGGGUGACUGUGACCCCCCCCAGACCCUCCCCUGGGACCCCCCGUGCUCAGGGGGUCACCCAGAGCCUCCCCAGAGCCCCCCCCGGGACCCUGCGGGCUCAGGGGGUCACCCAGAGCCCCCCCCCAGACCCUCCCCUGGGACCCCGCGGGCUCAGGGGGUCACCCAGAGCCCCCCCUGGGACCCCAGAGGCUCAGGGGGUCACCCAGAGCCCCCCCUGGGACCCUGCGGGCUCAGGGGGUCACCCAGAGCCCCCCCAGAGCCCCCCCUGGGACCCCCGGGCUCAGGGGUGACUGUGACCCCCCCAGAGCCCCCCCUGUGACCCCAUGGGCUCAGGGGGUCACCCAGAGCCCCCCUUGGGACCCCACGGGCUCAGGGGGUCACCCAGAGCCUCCCCAGAGCCCCCCCCGGGACCCCCCGGGCUCAGGGGGUCACCCAGAGCCCCCCCUGGGACCCCGCGGGCUCAGGGGGUCACCCAGAGCCUCCCCAGAGCCCCCCCUGUGACCCCAGAGGCUCAGGAGUGACCCCACAGGUUUAGGGGGUGACCCAGAGCCCCCCCUGGGACCCCACGGGCUCAGGGGUGACUGUGACCCCCCCCAGACCCUCCCCUGGGACCCCAGAGACUCAGAGGUGACCCCACAGGCUCAGGGUGUCCCCCAGCCCCUUCCCUGUGACCCCACAGGCCCAGAGGUGACCCCACAGGUUUGGGGGGUGACCCCACAGGUUUGGGGGGUGACCCACACCCUCCCCUGUGACCCCACAGGCCCAGGGGUCCCCCAGAGCCCCCCGAGCCCCCCAGGCUGUGGGGCAGGAGCCGGCCCCGGGCAGGCUGCCGAGCACAUUCCUCCUUUCUAUUUAAGUCUAUAAAUAGCUAUAAAUA